AUGAAGGUAUCGCGCGGUUCGAUUAUUUUUCACGGUGACGAAUUCUCGUCCUCCCACUGCGUUAUGGACACCGAAAACGACGAUAAUAUGUUGUUCUGCAGAUUUUGUUUGCGACAGACUCAGUCGUCGUUUCCGAUCUUUAUGGCUUCUGACCCAGACUUGGCCAGGGACGUGAUGAACUGUCUGCAAAUCAAGAUCACAAAAGAUUCUGUCGGUCCGAAACACAUAUGCAACGAGUGCUAUGACCGUGUACAAGAUUGGGUGAUGUUCAAAAAACAGAGUGAAGAUGCGCUUAAGGAAAUCAAUCUUUUCAACUCAGAUAUUGUUGAAAAACAGCUAGUGUCUACUCCAAAUCAAAUGAUGGACUUAAUUGAUGAAGUGGACUACCAUUGCUGUAUAUCUUGCGAUAAUAUUUUUCCUAAUGAAUACGAGCUUUCAAUGCAUGUCAGUGCAGUUCACCAAGAUAUAAUAGAUGCAAAUUCCAAAAUUGGCAGAAAUGAAACCAUGGACAUUCAGCAGAUCAUGAUUGACGACGAUGACUUUAUCCAGUGUGAUGAUUAUUUGGAGGUAUUCAACGAUAAACCUUCAUUAUUAAAGUUCAACAAUGAGGAAUUUAAAAAUAAACAAACUAUUGAUGAUGGGGAAGAAAAAUUUCAAUGUUAUUAUUGUAGUGCUAAAUUUGAUGAAUUUGUACACUUAAAAGAGCAUUCAGUAGCCAGACAUCGUGAUUUGAAUAAAAAAACCGAAUGCAAUCAAUGCAAUAAAAUAUUUUUAACUGUAUCUGAUCUACAGCGACAUGUAAAGCAAACACAUCCGAUCAAAAAAGAUAAGGAAUUAUUGGAUUCUACACCAUUGAGGACAUCAAAGAGGUCACCUUACACGUGCCACUUGUGUGAUAAAACUUUCUCGAGAUUCUGUGAUUUGUUAGACCAUGACGAAAUACAACAUGAUGAUUUACCAAAAAAGUAUAGGUGUGGUGUGUGCAGCAAGAUGUUUUUGAUGGAAGACAGAGCUAAAGUCCAUUACAAUUUCUAUCAUACUAAAACAAAAGGUUCAGUGAAUUUCCAGUGUAGCUAUUGUGGGAUGGAAUUGAAAAGUGCUUCUGCUGUAGCUAACCAUGAACGAAUGCACAUCACUCAUAAAUCUUCCAAAAUAAAGUAUACCAUAAUUAGAGACUGAUAAAUGGAUAUAAUUGUUGCUGCACAUAGAGUAUGAUACCUCAUAGUUAAUUUAUAUAUUUAAUUUUUAAAUUAUCUUUAAAUAUGAGGUGUCUGUUGAUUUUAAUAUGGCUUAUUAUUGUAAACAAUAAUCAUAAGUUAUUGUCAAUACUUAAUGAAUUUUCACAAUGUUUGUUAUAAUAUUUCAGUAUAGUUAUAAUAUGAUAAAUGUAUAUUAAUUUUGGUUAUCUUGAUGAUAAUCUCUUGUGUAUUCAUAACUAAAUACAUUUGAAUCAUUAGUUAUGUGAAUUAUUAUAUUUUAUUCCAACAGAAUGUUUGGUUCAGGUUGAAUUCUUUUUUUAUAUUCCGCCUGUGUUAUAGU